UUUUACAUCUCAAUUUUCUCUUCUAAAGUUGUCAGCAACAGCAAGCAAUUUGUCCCUGCAGGCAGAGCUCGAAGAAGAAAGAAGAAGGAGAAGACCAUUUAAGACGUCCAUCCAUCACCAUCACCAUCACCAUCACACCUCUUCUCUCUCUCUCUCUCUCUCUUCCAUCUCUCGAAUCGACGAAGAAUCCAUCCCUUCUCCUAAUCGCUUCCUCCUGCGCUACAUGUUCCCCACUCGCCAGAGCAGCAGCGACCGCACCAUCAUCAAUCUCGAGAACAGUGCCUGCGGCGGCAUCAGUGCUCGCACCAACUGCAGCGGACGGGGCAGCACCAUUCCCAUGGGCAUCGACGAGGAUCUCCACAGCCGUCAGCUCGCUGUGUACGGUCGUGAAACCAUGCGGAGACUGUUCGCUUCCAACAUUCUCAUCUCUGGGAUGCAAGGCCUUGGUGCUGAGAUUGCAAAGAACCUCGUCCUUGCUGGAGUGAAGUCCGUGACCUUGCACGAUGAAGGUGUGGUGGAAUCAUGGGAUUUGUCGAGCAAUUUUAUAUUUUCCGAAAGGGAUGUUGGGAAGAACAGGGCACUUGCGUCUGUUCAUAAGUUACGUGAGCUCAAUAAUGCAGUCCUUGUUUCUUCUCUUACAUCGACAUUGACUAAAGACCAACUUUCUAAUUUCCAGGCUGUUGUAUUUACAGAUGUUAAUAUUGAAAAGGCCAUCGAGUUCAAUGAUUACUGCCAUAAUCAUCAACCAUCUAUCUCUUUCAUCAAGGUUGAAGUUAGAGGCCUCUUUGGUUCUGUCUUCUGUGAUUUUGGACCUGACUUCACAGUUUCUGAUGUUGAUGGCGAAGAACCACACACAGGCAUAAUUGCUUCCAUCAGCAACGAUAAUCCUGCACUGGUGUCAUGCGUUGAUGAUGAAAGGCUUGAGUUUCAAGAUGGGGACCUAGUCGUGUUCUCUGAAAUUCACGGAAUGACUGAACUGAAUGAUGGAAAACCAAGGAAGAUUAACUUUGCAAGGCCGUAUUCUUUCAUUCUUGAGGAGGAUACCACGAAUUAUGGUACUUAUGAGAAAGGUGGUAUUGUCACCCAGGUGAAACAGCCUUAGGUGUUGGACUUCAAGCCUCUGAGAGAAGCACUUAAAGAUCCUGGUGACUUUCUUCUGAGUGAUUUCUCGAAGUUUGAUCGCCCACCUCUCCUGCACUUGGCAUUCCAGGCACUUGAUAAAUUUAUGUAUGAAUUAGGGCGAUACCCUGUUGCUGGCUCAGAGGACGAUGCUCAGAGGCUUAUAUCUGUUGCUAGUUCAAUAAAUGAGAACCUGGGUGAUUCAAAGCUGGAAGACAUCAAUCAUAAGCUUUUGAGGCACUUUGCGUUUGGUGCCAAGGCUGUUUUGAAUCCUAUGGCUGCCAUGUUUGGUGGAAUCGUUGGCCAGGAGGUUGUGAAGGCAUGCUCAGGAAAAUUCCACCCGCUCUUUCAGUUCUUUUACUUUGACUCGGUGGAGUCGCUGCCCACAGAGCCAGUUCAUCCUGAGGAAUUAAAACCUCUAAAUAGCCGUUAUGAUGCACAAAUCUCAGUUUUUGGGUCCAAGCUACAAAAGAAAAUGGAGGAUGCUAAAAUCUUUUUAGUAGGAUCUGGCGCAUUGGGUUGUGAAUUCUUAAAAAAUUUGGCCUUAAUGGGAGUUGCAUGUGGUCGUAAAGGACAGUUAACUGUCACUGAUGAUGAUGUGAUCGAGAAAAGUAACCUCAGCAGGCAAUUUCUCUUUCGUGAUUGGAACAUUGGACAGGCUAAAUCUACAGUUGCUGCUGCAGCUGCAGCAUUAAUAAAUCCCAGUCUCAAUAUUGAAGCUUUGCAAAAUCGUGUUGGACCAGAAACUGAGAACGUCUUUGAUGACAAUUUCUGGGAAAACCUGAGCGUUGUUAUCAACGCGCUGGACAAUGUAAAUGCAAGGCUCUAUGUUGACCAGAGGUUAAAUUUCCAGAAGCCACUACUCGAGUCCGGAACAUUAGGUACCAAAUGCAAUACUCAAACGGUCAUUCCUCACCUAACAGAAAACUAUGGUGCCUCGAGAGACCCUACUGAGAAGCAGGCACCUAUGUGCACCGUCCACUCCUUCCCACACAGUAUUGACCACUGUUUGACAUGGGCUCGAUCUGAGUUUGAGGGUUUGCUUGAGAAAACUCCUGCUGAAGUCAAUGCAUAUCUAUCUAAUCCUGCUGAGUACACUAAGGCAAUGAUUAAUGCUGGUGAUGCUCAAGCACGUGAUACUUUAGAGCGUGUUCUUGAAUGCCUCAGCGGUGAAAGAUGCGAGACAUUUGAAGACUGCAUCACUUGGGCUCGUUUGAAGUUUGAGGACUAUUUUGCAAACCGCGUGAAGCAAUUGAUCUACACUUUUCCUGAAAAUGCUGCUACCAGUACCGGAGCACCCUUUUGGUCUGCCCCCAAGCGAUUUCCUCAUCCACUUGAAUUCUCAUCCUCAGAUCCUGGCCACCUUCAUUUUGUGAUGGCAGCAUCUAUACUCAGAGCAGAGACAUUCGGAAUCCCAGUGCCCGACUGGGUCAAGGAUUCAAAGAAGCUAGCUGAAGUUGUAGAUAAAGUUACUGUUCCCGAAUUCCAGCCAAAGAAAGACGUAAAAAUCGUAACUGAUGAGAAAGCAACAACUCUGUCUGCUGCAUCCACGGAUGAUGCCGAGGCCAUUGAUGACUUCGUCAUGAGGCUAGAGCAGUGUCGUAGGAGCCUGCCCCCUUCAUUUAAGAUGAAGCCGAUUCAGUUCGAGAAGGAUGAUGAUACAAACUACCACAUGGAUCUGAUAGUUGCACUCGCCAACAUGAGGGCACGGAACUACAGCAUCCCCGAAGUUGACAAGCUGAAGGCCAAAUUCAUCGCUGGGAGGAUCAUCCCUGCAAUCGCAACCUCCACGGCAAUGGCCACUGGACUUGUCUGUCUUGAGCUCUACAAGGUUCUUGAUGGAGGCCACAAGUUAGAGGAUUACCGGAACACAUUUGCCAACUUGGCCCUGCCACUAUUCUCGAUGGCUGAACCAGUCCCUCCAAAGGUCAUCAAUUACCGAGACAUGAGGUGGACCAUCUGGGACUCAUGGGUUAUCAAGGACAACCCUACUUUAAGGGAAGUCCUCCAGUGGCUCGAAGAAAAGGGGCUAAAUGCGUAUAGCAUCUCGUGCGGAAGUUCCCUGCUGUACAAUAGUAUGUUCCCAAGUCACAAAGAGAGGAUGGACGGGAAGGUGGUGGACCUUGCACGGGAGGUGGCUAAGGUAGAAGUGCCUCCUUAUCGUCGCCAUGUGGACAUUGUCGUGGCCUGCGAGGAUGACGAGGGCAAUGAUAUUGACAUUCCUCAAAUAUCGGUUUACUUCCGCUAGGUUUCAGUCAAGUCAUUUGUAGAGGGACAACUGAAUAGUGGAUACAGGGAUGGCGGCACGGGGCUCCCAGAUUGACCAUCAACUUUUAUGAAUUAUGAUCUGGGACAGGAGGUCAGGCUCCAACCGAUAAUAUAUGUUAUUUGGUAUAUAUAUCUGCAGGUUUUCCUUUAUUUCUUUACUGUAUGUAUGAAAGGUGAUUUAAAGAGCAUAUGAUUAGGUCGAAUUUAUUGACAUUACAUAUUACAUUAAAUAAUAUUACAUGUUGGCUCCCAACCCCAGACGGAGCUGUGUAAGAAAAAGAAAUGGUCCAUGGCAAAGGCUGCUCUUUUCUUAUGUAUGUCUGUAUGUAUGUAUAUUUUCUCUCC